GUAGUUUCGAUCUAACAAUGAAAUUACUGAUUGAUUGAUUGAAUGCUGCUCUAGAAUUUUGAAAAUUAUGCACUAUUCCCUUCACUAGUAAGCUUUAUGGGGGCAUGGCAAAAAAUUUUCUGUAAAUGUGUAGGCUUUUCAGAAGACCAGUAUGAACUAGCUUGCCCUGAUCCUGAUUAAAUGUUAGAUGAUCUUACCCGUCUCUUUUCCAAGUUUGAAAGAAUCUGCUUGUUUUGGCUUUCAAAAUGGGUUUAUGUCCUUGAUGAGGAUGAGGAAGUAUCUUAGCUAUGCAUUAAUUUUUAGAAAACAAUUAUUCACUGAGGUCAAAAAGAAGGGAAUAGAUAAAUAAGAGAAAUAGAGAAGAAAAGGCAAACUAUUGAAUUCAAAGAAUUCUGUAUUGUCUUUUUUACCAUUUUGUUUGCCUUUCUUCAUAUUCAAGUAGGGCCCAGAAAUCAGUCCAGCUGGUUUUGUUUUCUCUUGGUACAUGAUUAAACCAAAAUUACAUCAAAGUUGGAUCAUUCAUCCUGUGACCAACUUGGACAUAUUUCAUCUGCAACUUUUUUGCUAGUUCACCAAAGUUGAACUUGUCGCCUAGGUUUGGACACAUGAAAAACUUAAUAGGUAAAUUUCAAAGAAACUGUAAGAAAAUAAAAAGAGUCUUGAAGUUUGCAAUUUAGGACAGGUCUUUCAUGGUGGAAAGAACCAUUACUCAAGUUUGAAACAAGAAAAAGCAUUUUCAAUUAUUUGUUGAUUAUCCUUGCAUUAUUUGAAAGGCACUUACAUUACUGCUUUCCUAUGUAAAUUCAAUGAGUAGAUUACGUCUUUUCUUCAUGCAUUGCUUCCACAUGGUUCUUCCAAUGCCUUAACAAGGCCUAUAAUUAUGCUGAAGAUUGUUGGUGUAUAUUGGUUCUGUCUAGAUUGUUCUAACAUGCUGUCAAAUGUGAAGCAGAAUUAUAAGGGAGGUCAAAUCACUAACCGAGAAAUGCAUCAAGUUGUGAAAAAUCUAUUUCAGGGAAGGUUGACUUACUUGCACUGGGAUAAAGGAGAGGAAAUGACUCCAACUUUAGGAGCAAAAGGCGGAACUCUUCUUGUUCGGAAGAUACCAGAUGCUGAUACAUCCCAUGUUUUUGUUGGAGAUGUUGUGGUCUUGAAGGACCCUGAGAAUCGGGAUAACCAUCUGGUCAGAAGACUAGCUGCUGUUGAAGGCUAUGAAAUGGUGUCCACUGAUGAAAAAGAUGAGCCAUUUACCCUUGAAGAGGACCAGUGCUGGGUGCUGGCUGACAAUGAAAAAUUGAAGCCUAAGGAAGCAAAAGAUAGUCGACUAUUUGGUCCCAUUCCCAUGACGAACAUUAUUGGGAGGGUUAUUUAUUGUUUACGAACAGCUGUUGAUCAUGGUCCUGUGCUGAACAGUCAUUACAGCUUGAGAAGGGACUCACCCGUGCUUGAAGUAGAACUUGAUAUUGAUGAGAUGGUGAAGAAUCACAAAGCUUAGACCUUUCCUACUUAGCACUGACUCCUUCAGUUUGUGCUGCAAUUGGUAAUUGUUUCUAUCAUUCUGGCUGAAGAAUGCAAAGCACCGUGUUGCAUUUUGAGUUUCAACUAUAUUUAAAUCUUGCUCUGGAUAUCUCUGUAGUUUGGAAACGUAGCUAAACUUGUGGAGGGAAGAAGAUGAAAAUGUGUGAGCAUCUUUAUGAAGAUUGGUCAAUGGGGAUGCUUUUUUUGCCUUGAUCAUGCAUGUCAUGGAUCUUUUUGUUAAAACCACAAUAAAAGUAUAAAACAAAUGAAAAAAACUGAGGGAUUCUUGCGAAAUGGUGGUGUUUUGAUUUUUCCUCAAAUACAAGGCUUUUUUUUUU